CUCACCAUACUAAAUCCAUCCCUCGCACCCGCGGAACCAGUAGUUCACUCCGGAACCUAUCAAAAGAAACCAGCACGAAGCAGCCAUAAACAGGCAAAAUGGAAAAUAAACCAAAAAAGACAAUCACCAAGAAGAAAACGUCAGGAAAUCAAUCAACAACAAUUACGGCUACAUCCACCCUGCUGCAGUUCUACGCGAAACACACACAGGAGAUGAAAAAAUUAGCAAAACCAGUGCAAAGUCCGGCAUCAAGAAAACACGAACCUCAUGAUUCGGAAUUAGAGGUGGACACCGACAUUGACGUAGAAAACGACGAGGUCGGCCAAGCGAUAAAUGACCACCUCACAACUGGAACCAUGCAGCUCCCUGAUAAAUUCUGUGAAAAAGCAGCCAAUAUAACAGAGACAAACCCACCACCGACACCAAUCUUGGGAGCUGGCAACUCAGUAGAAGAGACAACAUCCGAUGCAGCCUCACGUGCCACAACAUCUAAGCCACAGCCACGGACGCCCACUCCCAACCGCAACCUGUUCCCUGAUGAGCUGAAUGAAACUGCCACUCAACAAGAAGCCUCUGGCAAGUCCAACCAAACUACAGAACCGGAACCAUUCCAAUUACCUGGAUUCCAGCUUCCACAACCGGAACAAGAUGACAAUGAGAGUAUCAUCUCCAUUUCCUCAUCCAUCUCCUCAUCCACUCAGAACACUGCUGCCCUUAACCCGGACAUGCGCAAAAUCCUUAAGGAACUUGGCGUAAGCGCCACCAUAUGCCAAAAAAUCGCCGAAACAAUGGCCGCCAACUAUAGCGAAAAUGAGGAGGAUAAUAAUAACGCCAAAGGUGGCACCCACACUGAUGAGAACACUGCCCCUGCUAGCGGAAAAUCAGAUCCCAAACCAAGAGCAAAGAAACAAAUUCGCGGAGGAAGCAGCAGCAAGGGACAUCGACCAGCCACCCCCUCCGCCUCCGCUUCCACUUCCACUCGUCCCACUCUGCCCACCUGCAACUGUAGCAGCACACGGAAAAUCCUGAUGGAAAACACUGAGAAACUAGCCUCCAUGCUCGAAGUGGUGGCCACCAAACUCGAGAAUAUGGCCGCUGACACUAAAAUUACAAAUAUUAUAACAAAACCUAUCCCUAAUAAGAGCUCCAUGCUCUCAGAUGAAGAUGAAUGAACUACUACUAAGAAAACAAACUGUCAUAACCAGCUGUCACUCCCAUCUACACUUUAAGUUACUGAAAAUUAAAUAAAAUAAACAAUAAAUUCCAAAACACCUCCAAAUAACACACCACCUUAAAUUUUUACACCAUGAAACCCGCAAAUACU